AUGAAUUUGGGUUGGAUAUCAUCGCGUCGCGGACACCGAUUCAGAUCUAAUUGUGCCUGGGGGACUGGACCAAAGUCUUCCCGGCGGCGGGGAGGAAGAGGUCUUCAACCUCCAUUGGGUUUGAGAUCAUGGCGUGGUGGAGACACCGAUCUGAAUCUCAUCGUGCUCGAGACUGGACCAAAGUCUUUCCGGCGGUGGCUUCUCGGCGGUAGGGAGAACGAAGGAGGAGGCGAAAAGAGGGGCGAUCUUCCCGGCGGUGGCUUCUCGACAGUGGCUGGGAGGAAGAGGACUUCAAUCUCCGUUCGGUUGGAUGAUAUCAUGGCGGAGACACCGAUAAAGGGGCAGUUUUCCCGGCGGUGGUUUCUCGACGGCUGGGGAAACGGAGGAGGAAGAAAGAGGGUUUAA